GCAAGCAUGCCAAAUGGCAAAAACGGGCAUCGUGUACACGAACCUGCUUGAUCGAGAGGAAAUCCAUAGACUUAUACUCGAAGAAGAGUCCUUACCAUACCAAAACUCAAUCGAGGCUAUAGAACACGGAUCGGCAUCCGUAUACUCGAACGGAACACUCUUAAUGACACGAGCUGCUAUUAUAAAUGGACAACACGUGGUACUCGACUAUGAGAAAAUGUUGAUAAAUCAGGACGAAACGUUCGGUAUUAAAAAUGAUUGCUCGUCCAUUGGCAAUUACUCAAUUUGCGCACCCAAAUCGUUGGCUAGACUACCCGAAGACGGAUGCAUAGCGAGAUUGUUAAAAGGCGGAAAUGCGAAAUGUCACUUCGAACCAUCCAGCAGCAUAAUCAUAGAAAUGAUGGACGAGACAUCACUAUUCCUAACGAACUUUUGGGGUAAAAUCCAGGGAAAAAACUACGAAAACGUCCUGAAUAGAACAUAUGUCGUUUUGCUCAACAACGAAACCAUCGUAGUGGGAAACCAAACGUUUACCAGCAGGUCGACAAGGAUGGUACAGGCUUUGCCACCUGCAUUAACAAACGGGACGAGUAAUGGCCUGAAGCUGAAUUUGGACUACAUCCACGAGCUUAGCGUAACAAACAUCCGACACCUACGAAAAUUGGGCGAAACUUUUCACUUUUCGCUGAUUUUCGACACCGUUGCUUUGACGAUCCUUGCAUCAAUAUGCUACGUAAUUUAGAGGAAGAUUACUACAACUAUCUACUUUCCCAGGCUCAAUCGCUCAAUCAAACAAGAUCAGCCAAACGCCCACUUCAAAGAUCUACGUCAGGAACUACCUCAUCAGCGGGACGCAGAUGUUUAAAGGGGGGGUAGUUAAUACGGGGGCUAACACACAUACCUGUGUGAAUGUGCUGACGCCGCACUUCCCCAAACACGCGCAUAACCAGUGCGGGUAAUUGAGCUCUCAUGCAAAAAUAAUCGAACAUACGUUAGCAUAAUUGAAUCUAUGGGAAGCGCAGCGUCAGCAGUUAAUUCAGCCGGUUAGACAGUAAGUCAUAGUAUUAAGAAAUAUGUUGCAUUCAUUCCAUUUGGG